UAUUAUUUUUCGUUAUCCUUUUCGGCCAGUAACGGCCACAGGUCACAGCUCCCUCCCACCGCCACCAUGUCCGCCACCGCUAUGUCCGUCGCUCUCCACCACCGAGACCACAACGCCAACUCCCACCGCCACCCCUUCCCCUCCUCUUCCCUGAUCUCCGCCUCCGUUUUCCGCAGUCGCAGGGCCAAGUGCAGCCGCAGGAUUGUGCCCCCGCCCUCCGCCGCCGGCACCGGCGAUUUCGAAGAAAAUGAUAUUAGCAUCACAUCUUCUGCGGAAGUAUGGACGGAAGAACAAACAUUGAAAUAUUCUCUUAACAAGAAUAUAUUGCCUUCAUCAACCACAAGAGCUACUUCCUCCAUAGCAGGCUCCGUUCCUCUUAGCAGCUUCCAUCAUUAUCCCAACAGUCAGCGUUCUUGUUUUACUUCGUCAAAACCAAACCAUGACAAUCCCCAUAAAUACAACUAUUCCCCGAAAAUUCCUAGGCGGUCUCUCGUCUUGCUCCCUGCCUCCUCUCUUCUCCUCUCUGUUUCCUCCUCAUUUGCCGUAGAUGAUGCAAAUACUCCAUUCACCUCUACAAUUGACACAACUAUCACAGAUCGCAUAUUCAUGGACUUUAGCAUCUGCCCAAGCUACUUUAGCUCUGACCGCACGUUAGGAGCUGAACUCUCUUCAUGCCCUGAUUCUGAACCUCUUGGCCGUGUAGUCUUUGGUCUCUAUGGUCGGCUGCUCCCCAUCACUACUGCCAACUUCAAAGUUACGUGCACGGCUUCUGCAUAUCGAGGCACGCUUGUGCACAAGCUCCGCCAAGGUCAGUUCUUUGCUGCUGGCCGCCAAGGUCCUCGGCGUGAUAAAGGUGUGGUCCAACCUCCCUCAAGGCUUGUGAGCAAUGCUGAGACUGUUGACCCUAAAGCAUACCAGCUGAGACACUUAAGGCCUGGCACACUAUCCUUGUGCCUUGGACAGAAUGAUGAUGACGAUAGCAUCAAACUCAGCCCCAAUUAUCACAAUGUUGAAUUCCUGGUUACUACAGGUCCAGGGCCCUGUCCAGAGCUUGAUGGCCAGAACAUUGUCUUCGGAACUGUUUUGGAAGGAAUGGAUAUUAUCACCAACAUCGCGACAAUCCCUACCUAUAAACCUGCUGAAAGGAUUCAAUUCUUCAAUGAUUUUGCGCAGCUGAUUGGCGAUGAAAGGGCUCAAUCUGCUAGAGCUAUGUGGGAUCGACCACAAAAAACCGUAUAUAUUAGCGGUUGUGGCGAGCUGAAAGUGACCAAGCCAUCUCUUUCUCCUCCUAGUUUGCCAUGAUAAACUGUAUACAUGUAAUUUUUAGUAUAUUUACUGAUCAUUCCUUUUAUAGCUGUAUAUAGGUAUGCCUCCAUAACUAUAACUGUUCUUCCAGAAAAAAAUUGUGGUUUAACAAACUCAGAUUGGUUUGUGUAGAUAUAUUCCUUUGCGAUUUUUUUUGCCUGGGCUAUGACUAUGGCAAAAGGCACAAUUUAUUUUA